GUUGCAUCCUGGGUGUACAACUAAAAUGGAUGCGCCCAUAGAUAAUAAGCAUGACACACAAAGAUUUAAGAACUAAUAUUAGUCUUAUUUUUGUGUCUUUAUGAUCAUAUUGAUUAGUCGAAUACAAGUUGAAUAGGUGAUAAAGACGUGCAGUGCUGCAGGAGUUCCAUGUCUCUGUUGAGAGGGUGGCUGAGGGCCGGGGUGUCUCUGUGUCACUCCACACUACUAACAACAAGACAGAUUAGCACGGGUGUGUGCUGUCAAGUUCGUAUGCAUGCAAUUCCUAAGCCAAAAGUAGUGGACAGGUGGACUGAGAAGAGGAGCAUGUUUGGGGUUUAUGACAACGUAGGAAUUUUAGGGGACUUCAAAGCCCAUCCUAAGGACAUGAUCGUAGGGCCGAUCUGGCUGAAGGGUUUCCGUGGCAAUGAGCUGCAGCGUCUGAUAAGGAAGAAAAAGAUGGUGGGAGACAGGAUGAUGACGGAGGAUAGACACAACAUGGAGAAGAGGAUACGCUUUCUCUACCGACGAUUUAACCGCUACGGGAAACACCGCUGAUGUGACCAACUCCGACGGACUCGCAUACGGUUGAGAAAACCCUAACCCUCCUCAGAGUUGUAGCCCUGAUAUUUAUUUUCUUUUUUGACCAUUUCAGUUAGGGACCAAUUUUCUCAAAUCCUAGAAGUGGAAAUGUACUCAAAGGUCUGAUUCUCUAUUGUCUGUUUAAUUUGGAGCUCAUUUGGCUGUUCCCUGCCCUGUGUGACAUGAAAAUAAACAGAAGGUUGG